GUGGAGGGUGAUGAGUAUUAUGGUCUGUAGGUUGCGAGGUAACUAUGCAGAGUUGAGUGAGUGUUGUAGGGAGGGGGGGAGCGUGCCUGGGAUUAUUAUGGGAUGUCUCGUCACCCCCCCGAUUUUCUUUGUGUGUAUGUGAGGAUGUUAGCUUGUGGUCACUGACGCUGGGAAUAGGGGAGAAGAGUGGACGACGUAUCCCAAAUAUUUACACCUUUAAAGAGGCUUUUGCAGUUCUCGGUGAUAGCUAUUUAUCUUUAGCGUUUGACUUGAGGAUUCGCGACAGAUUAAAGCUGAUCAUACCGUGGACUAACUACACCUUGGGCUGACCUGGUCCAGACGUUUCCUGAAGCAUAAUGUCGGGGAGUGAAGAUGACCGCGACCAGUUUGGGCACAUGAGGGAUGAUGAAGAUGCAGAAGAACCUAUCUCAGAGCCAGAAGCUCCUAAAUCUAAAAAGAAGAAGAAAGCGAAAAAGAGUCGCGAAAGCAGGAGCAGCAAACGUCAGAAAAUCCUCAGAGAGGAAAUUCCUGUCAGUUCUCCUGAAGCUUUGGAAGCCAUCAGAAUGAUAGCAGGAGAGGAAGAGGAUGACAGAGGAAUGCGAUCUGAUAGCGAAGGGAGUGACUAUGCACCGAGCAAGAAAAAGAAAAAGAGAUCAAGCUCCUCCAAGGAGAGGAAGAAGGGAGGCUCAGCUGGGGAGAAGGCCGGCAGCUCAUCUGGGGGGAAAAGCAAACGUAAAGAUCCAGAGCCUGAGGAGGAAGAUGAUGAUGAUGACGACGACGAUGAUGGGAAGGAACCCAAGACUUCCUCUCAGCUAUUAGCAGACUGGGGAAUGAAAGACAUUGACUACACCUUCACCCAGGAGGACUACACUUCCCUCACCAAUUACAAAGCUUUCAGCCAGUUUGUUAGGCCUCUUAUAGCUGCUAAGAACCCUAAGAUUCCAGUAUCAAAGAUGAUGAUGGUUUUGGGAGCAAAAUGGCGGGAGUUCAGCACUAAUAAUCCCAUGCGAGGCUCGGCGAGUGCCAACGCAGCUCUGGCAGCUGCCAAUGUAGCUGCUGCAGUAGAGAGUAUGGUGACCAGAGUGGAUGGAGGAGGGGCUGCACCAAUGUCCACGCCCACACCAAUAGCAGCUCCUGCUGCACCGCCUCCUCAACCCCCAACCCAACAGCCUCCAGUAGUCCCCCUGCGGAAAGCCAAGACCAAAGAGGGCAAAGGUCCAAAUGCACGUAGGAAAUCCAAGCCCACUCCAAAGCCCCAGGACAAGAAGUCUAAAGCCAAGAAAGUGGCUCCACUCAAGAUUAAGCUGGGCAACUUCAAAAGAAAACGUUCCUCUAGUGGUGAGGAUGAUGAUGGUGAGAGUGACUUUGACAGUUUCUCUGUCAGUGAUGGUUCCAACAGUCGGAGCAGCCGCUCCAAGAGUAAGAAAUCCAAAAGCUCAAAGAAAAAGAAGAGAGUAGAUGAAGAUGGCUAUGAGACAGAUCAUCAGGACUACUGUGAGGUGUGUCAGCAGGGUGGUGAGAUCAUUCUGUGUGACACCUGUCCACGAGCCUAUCACAUGGUGUGUCUGGACCCUGACAUGGAGAGAGCCCCUGAGGGCACAUGGAGCUGCCCACACUGUGAGAAGGAGGGCAUUCAGUGGGAGGCUCGCGAGGAGAGCUCGGAAGGGGAGGAGGAGAAUGCUGAUGGCAGGAGGGACGAAGGAGAGGUAGAAGAGGAGGACGAUCAUCAUAUAGAGUUUUGUCGAAUGUGUAAGGACGGAGGGGAGCUACUGUGCUGUGACACCUGCCCCUCAUCCUACCAUUUACACUGUCUCAACCCUCCCCUUCCAGAGAUUCCCAAUGGAGAAUGGAUCUGUCCUCGCUGUCUGAGUGCUCCUUUAAAGGGCAAGGUACAGAAAGUUCUUACCUGGCGCUGGGGUGAAGCCCCUCCACCUAUGCCUGUGCCCCGCCCUGUAGACCUCCCAGCCGAUGCUCCGGAUCCUCCACCUAUGAUUGGUCGAAAGGAGAGAGAGUUCUUUGUAAAGUGGUCCAACAUGUCUUACUGGCAUUGUUCCUGGGUCCAAGAACUGCAGUUGGAGCUGAACUGUCAGGUAAUGUUCCGUAACUACCAGCGAAAGACAGAUAUGGAAGAGCCGCCCAAUCUAGAGCUGGGUGCCGAGGGAGACGAAGAUAAGAGCACGAAGAGGAAGAAUAAAGAUCCCGUCUAUGCCCGCAUGGAGGAUCAGUAUGGACGCUUUGGUGUGAAGCUGGAGUGGCUCCUCAUCCACCGAAUCCUAAACCACAGCGUGGAUAAGAAGAAUAAUGUUCACUACCUCAUCAAAUGGAGGGAUUUGCAGUAUGAUCAGUCAUCCUGGGAGUGUGAUGACGCGGACAUACCAGACUUUGAUACCUACAAACAGCAUUACUGGAACCAUAGGGAACUUAUGCUCGGAGAUGAAGGCAGACCAGGUAAAAAGAUGAAGAAGGUGAAAGUGAAGAAAGUGGAAAGACCUCCCGUUAAUCCUGUGGUGGAUCCCACCAUCAAGUUUGACAGACAGCCGGAGUAUCUGGAUGCUACAGGUGGCACGCUCCACCCAUACCAGCUGGAAGGCCUGAACUGGUUGCGUUUCUCUUGGGCUCAGGGCACCGACACCAUUUUGGCCGAUGAGAUGGGUCUUGGCAAGACCGUUCAGACUGCCGUCUUUCUCUAUUCACUCUACAAAGAGGGUCACUCGAAGGGGCCAUUCCUGGUGAGCGCCCCACUGUCCACCAUCAUCAACUGGGAGAGAGAGUUUGAGAUGUGGGCACCAGACAUGUAUGUGGUCACCUACGUGGGUGAUAAAGACAGCAGAGCCGUCAUACGGGAAAAUGAAUUCUCCUUUGAAGACAACGCUAUCCGUGGUGGAAAGAAAGCGUCCAAAAUGAAAAAAGAGGCUGCUGUGAAGUUUCAUGUACUGUUAACAUCAUACGAGCUGAUUACGAUCGAUCAGGCCAUCUUGGGUUCAAUUGACUGGGCUUGUCUUGUGGUCGACGAGGCCCACAGACUAAAGAACAACCAAUCAAAGUUCUUUCGUGUGUUGAAUAACUACCCACUCCAGCACAAGUUGCUGUUGACUGGCACUCCUUUACAAAACAACCUGGAGGAGCUCUUCCAUCUUCUCAACUUCCUCACGCCUGAGAGAUUCAAUAACCUGGAAGGCUUCUUGGAGGAGUUUGCUGACAUAGCUAAAGAGGACCAGAUCAAGAAGCUGCACGACAUGUUGGGUCCACACAUGCUUAGAAGACUCAAAGCCGACGUCUUUAAACACAUGCCCUCAAAGACCGAGCUCAUCGUGAGAGUGGAGCUCAGCUCAAUGCAGAAAAAGUAUUACAAGUACAUCCUCACACGCAACUUCGAAGCUUUGAACACCCGUGGUGGCGGAAACCAGGUUUCUCUGCUCAAUGUGGUCAUGGACCUGAAGAAGUGUUGUAACCACCCCUACCUCUUCCCCACUGCUGCUAAUGAAGCACCUAAGAUGCCCAAUGGCAUGUAUGAUGGCGGUGCCCUCACCAAGGCUUCUGGGAAAUUGUUGCUUUUGUGCAAGAUGCAGAAACUAAAGGAGGGUGGACACAGAGUACUUAUAUUCUCACAGAUGACAAAGAUGUUGGACUUGCUGGAAGACUUUCUGGAAAACGAGGGAUACAAGUAUGAAAGGAUAGAUGGAGGAGUCACUGGUGGGAUGAGACAGGAAGCCAUUGAUCGUUUUAAUGCUCCUGGAGCUCCGCAGUUUGUUUUCCUGCUGUCCACCAGAGCAGGUGGUUUGGGCAUCAAUCUGGCAACCGCUGACACUGUCAUCAUCUAUGACUCUGACUGGAACCCACACAAUGAUAUCCAGGCAUUUAGCAGGGCUCAUCGUAUUGGUCAGAAUAAGAAGGUGAUGAUCUAUCGAUUUGUCACUAAAGCAUCUGUGGAGGAGAGAAUUACGCAGGUGGCAAAGAAAAAGAUGAUGUUGACCCACCUCGUGGUACGACCCGGCCUGGGGUCGGCCAAGGCUGGAUCCAUGUCCAAACAGGAAUUGGAUGACAUCUUGAAAUUUGGCACCGAGGCGCUUUUCAAAGAUGAGCUUGGAGAAGGAGAAAAUAAAGAAGAGGACAGCAGUGUGAUCCACUAUGAUGACAAAGCUAUCGAUCGACUGUUGGACCGGAACCAAGAUGCAACGGACGACACCGAGCUUCAGAGCAUGAAUGAAUAUCUCAGCUCCUUUAAAGUGGCCCAGUAUGUGGUGAAAGAUGACGAUGAGGAGGAGGAGGAUGUGGACAGGGAAAUCAUCAAACAGGAGGAGAGCGUCGAUCCUGAUUACUGGGAGAAACUCCUGCGGCAUCAUUAUGAACAGCAGCAGGAAGAUCUUGCCCGGCACCUGGGCAAAGGCAAACGUCCUCGCAAACCUGUCAACUACAACGACUGCUCACAGGAGGACAGAGGUAGUAGACGGGAUUGGCAGGAUGAUCAGUCUGAUAACCAGUCAGAUUACUCUGUGGCUUCAGAAGAAGGUGAUGAGGACUUUGAUGAACGAUCUGAAGCUAACUCACGAAGGCCGAAUCGCAAAGGCUUGAGAAAUGACAAAGACAAACCACUGCCGCCCCUACUGGCCAGAGUGGGAGGCAACAUUGAGGUGUUGGGUUUCAAUGCCCGUCAGAGAAAGGCCUUCUUGAAUGCAGUGAUGCGUUAUGGGAUGCCUCCGCAGGAUGCCUUUACCACCCAGUGGCUUGUUAGAGACCUGCGAGGCAAAUCGGAGAAAGAGUUUAAGGCAUAUGUGUCUCUGUUUAUGCGUCACCUAUGUGAGCCGGGUGCUGAUGGGGCAGAAACCUUUGCUGAUGGCGUUCCACGGGAAGGCCUGUCACGACAACACGUUCUUACACGCAUAGGUGUGAUGUCACUGAUCCGCAAGAAGGUGCAAGAGUUUGAGCAUGUCAAUGGUCAGUGGUCAAUGCCCUGGAUGAAAGAACUGGAGGAAAGCAAGAGAGCGGCGGCCAUCGCGGCAGGAGAGGAUCCAAAAACGCCCUCUAGUGGAACACCUGCUGAUACCCAGCCCAACACACCAGCAGCAGAAGAUCUUUCCAAAAUUGACGACGCAUUCAAAGAGCUAGAGGAGAAGACGGAUGGAGAUGGAGAGAAGGAAAUAAAAGGCUUGAGGCAGGAUGAUGAGAUCAUUGAGAUUCCUGAUGAAGGUGAGAAAUCCCCCAGUCCACCAAAGAAAGAGGAGAGAAAGGAGGACACAUCACCCUUACGGCAGAAGGAUGGAGGAAGCAAAGAGGCCGAAAAUGAGAAAGAUGGAGCGAAAGCGGAGAAGUCAAGGGAGAAUACCUCCUCUUCAGAUGUCAAAGCUGAAAGUUUAGAUGCUGCAAGCAGUGCAGACACAUCCAAAACCAAAGAAGAAACUUCUGAUGAGAAAAUGGACACAAGCUCACCCGGAGAACAGAAGAAAGAGCUGAAAGACGAGAGGGAUGGAUUAAAAUCCGAAGAGUCUGGUAAACUGCAAAAUGGAGAGAACGCCAAAGAGACAAGCGGAGGAGGGGAUGUAGUGAGUGAAGAGAAGAAGAAAGCAGUGAAGCAGAGGUUCAUGUUUAACAUCGCUGACGGAGGUUUCACAGAGCUUCACUCACUCUGGCAGAAUGAAGAGAGAGCCGCCACGGUCACCAAGAAAACUUAUGAGAUCUGGCAUCGUCGCCAUGACUACUGGCUGCUGGCUGGUAUCAUACAUCACGGCUAUGCCCGCUGGCAAGAUGUACAAAACGACCCGAGAUUUGCCAUCCUCAAUGAACCCUUCAAAGGAGAGAUGAGCCGAGGAAACUUCCUUGAGAUUAAAAACAAGUUCCUUGCGCGAAGGUUUAAGUUGUUGGAACAGGCUCUGGUGAUCGAGGAGCAGCUCAGACGGGCCGCAUAUCUAAACAUGACAGAAGACCCUUCUCACCCCUCAAUGGCGCUCAACACACGCUUCAGUGAGGUGGAGUGUCUGGCCGAGUCACAUCAACAUCUCAGCAAAGAGUCAAUGUCAGGAAACAAACCCGCUAAUGCAGUACUGCACAAAGUUCUGAAACAACUGGAGGAGCUGCUCAGCGACAUGAAGGCUGACGUCACACGCCUCCCGGCAACCAUCGCUCGGAUACCGCCUGUCGCCGUGAGGCUGCAGAUGUCAGAGAGAAGCAUCCUUAGCCGGCUGGCCAGCCGAGGACCGGAGGUCACGCAAACGCAGGCGCCACGCUGAUGACCUCUAGAGUAAAUUUUCAUCCCUACCUCCCAUAAGCUCAGUCACGACGAGGAAUCACACCUUCAUGUACACAUAGAGACACGCACCUGGGUCAGGUGAUCAGAUGUUUUGUGUAUAUAUGAAAUAACAAAAAAUUGGAAUGGAGUGAUCCUUAGCUAGCACACUGUGCUUCCCUCACAUUUCCUGUGAAGCCCCAGUAAAUGUAGAGCCAUUCCAUGUUUUCCAUUAGGAAUUUUUUGAGCGCACAGCUGCUGAGCUGAGAAGUGUGUGUGUGAAGCAAUCCAAUAAAUCCAUUUCAGGUUUUUUAGGUCACUUCUACACUUAGUCCAUACGGGGCAAGGUUGAAAACCUGGUGUGGAGUUCUGCAAUGAGAUGGAUUGAAGUAAGAGCUUUAAAAGAUCUUUGCAUUGAAAACACUUUCCUCCUCAGGUGUGCAUUCUGUUGUAAUUCACACGUUUUUCACAAUUCUGCCCCGAACACAAAUAUAAAGUGUUUGAGCUCUAAAAAGCUCAUGUGGCUUUUAUUUUGUCUGUACUGUAAGUACAUUCAGUUCCCGGCAGCAGCUGAAAAAAAUAAAGGUUUUAAGCAGAAGUCAACACGCACCUCUCAUAUUAAGGCCAUCAAAUGACCUUUAAUUCUUGUAGAUUAAAAAAAACAUGAUUUUUCAAUCAUGAGAACUGCUGUGUUAUUAAGAGACAUUCUGUUACACGUUUACCAUUGUUUGUGCUUGUAAAACCAACUUAAUUUUCAGUCCUGGUUGGCACCUGACUACAGGUUCCAGUUUCUUUUUUUAAUUUAAUGUCUAAUUUUACACUUUCCAGAGUUUUGAAUAUCUCACUUUGUAAUUAUCGUUGUUACCCUGUUAUUGUUAUGUCUUUCGUUAAUGUUUUUCAGACCUGCUGCAAUAAAAAGGUAACAAAGUGUGA